CUCCCUCCCCAUCUCUCUUUCUCUCCCUCUCUUUCCCUUUCUUUCUCUUCCUCACUCUUGCCAGCUUUCCACCCACGCUACCUUCACCCUCCAGCCUGCGUUUUACCAGCACUCGCUGAUACCGAGUAGAGUCUCGCGCACAUAGAAGGCCAGUUCCUAAGGUAUAAGUAGCGAGCACAAUAGCAGCAACCAGCAGUCAGCACCCACUUGUUGGAUGGAUGACGACACCGUGGCAGUUCGUGGCGACUGGGCUUGUGACAAAAUCAGCGCGAAGGACGACGACGACGGCGACCGCUAUCUGUGCGGUCACACGACCACCAGCAGACAAUCGGAGACGACGUUAAUUAGCGCAACGAUUAAUUGACGAGAAGUGCGCCAGCAUGGGACACUGCUAGUUGUGGCCUGUUACUAACGAUCGCAACACUCUGUAUAUUUUUUGGCAACACCCGAGACCAAUCAUCUCGGAUCGAAGAUCGCAAAAUCUAAAUGCAGAAUAAAUCGCAGAGAAAUGGCCUGGUCACGCGGCAGAUGGGUUUGCCCGGAUGAUCGACAAUUGAAAUUUCGUGCUAGAUUGAACAAAGGAUGGUCUCAGAAAACGAAAUCCUUCGAAUGUCUGUGGCCUCAUUAUACAAAUACUGCCGUGAGUCGUGGCACUCAGCAACCUUAUUUGCUCACCGAAGACGAACGACAAAUGAUUAUUCAGGUAAUACAACGGGACGAAGCUCUGGACUUGUCAGAGCAAAAGCGGGUCGGCAAACUUGUGGAAAGACUGAAGAAUGUGAAACAAAACGUGCUGUCGGCCACGUCGAGGCAGAGAGGCAACUGCGGAAUACGCUGCCGUAUCAACGGUCGUUGUGUUUGCUCCUGCGGCCUCUGCGGCGAUAAGUUUGGUACGGUGCUAGGGGCGAACGGGAACCUCUGCAAGGACUGUCGCAAAUACGUGUGCCAAAAGUGCGGCAUCGAGAUCACGAAGCCUAAUCUGUUGGAUGGAAACGGCAACGCCGACGGAGAGGAAAGCAAGACGCCCAUGCGAGGCUCCUUUAGGUUCCUUCAGGGACAAGCGAUGGUGUUCCGACAACGAAUCAUUCAAUGGUCACACGGCAACGCGCACAGAAAGUAUCUCUGCUUGAUCUGCGCGGAGACGAGGGAGAUAUGGAUGAGGAGCGGCGGUUGGUUCUUCAAGAGCAUGCCCAAGUUCAUUCCACCGAAGAAGAAGGAGCGCGGAUGGACAUCGACGUGGGCGAUAGGCCGUCAGAACAGGUCCUCGGAAUCGACCGAUCAGCAGGACUCCUCGUCGGAUGAUGAAGUGGGACGGCUCUCGGUGACGCGUGGCCACCCCAUCUCGCCCACAAACCUGCCGAGCAAUCGCACCUCUGUCAAGUCGACUGUCUCCAGCCCCGUACCGAGCAGCACCUCGUCGCCGAGUACUCCCCGGGGCAAGCCAAGCGGCUCGUCGCCUUUGGGAUACCGCGAGAACGGUCCUGACAAACUGAACAAAUCCUGUCUGUCCCAAAUUUCUCCCACGGGCUCGAAAGGCACUCUCCGCUCGACCGCAAGCGGCAAGAGUCCACUUCAGCAACGCGUGUCCUUUGUGGACGACGAGAAGAUGAACGAAGCUGAGAAUGACGAGGGGGAGGCAGUCGAGGAGACGAGUAGAAACGCAUCUAUCUACCUAAAUCGAUCCAAAGGCCUUAAGGUACAAUCUCUGAGAAUAAAAACGCCAGCGGCGGCCACGUCGACGGAACAGUUUAGAGAGGCAAACAAGCAUCCGGAGAUGGAGGCGGAGCGAGAAACGAGUAAGUCUUGCCAAGACCAAGAUAGCUCGUCCAGCGACACUCGCAAGAACAAUCAAGUCGUGUCGCCAAAGAUCCAAACUCCAGAGUAUUCACAAGAAACAGGACAAGACUACGGAACCCUAGAGGUCUUCCUGCGAUAUGACCCAGCGGAUCAGUGCCUCCGAUGCAGGGUAGAAUGUGCAAACGGCCUGAUGCCUAUGGACAUCGAGGGCUAUGCCGAUCCCUUCUGCAGACUGAACAUACUGCCCGUGAAGAAGGCAACGAUGAGCAGACUGGUGCGAACGAAAGCAGUGCACCGCACGCUCAACCCCGAGUUCCAGCAAACAAUCAACUUCAACCGCUUGACGGAAACAGACGUCACCGGCAAGGCGUUACAUAUCUUAAUCAGUCAGGAGGAUCCAUUUGGCGAAGACUUUCUGGGCGAGGCGAGAUUCCCUCUGCACGAAUUGCGGCCGUACGAAACAAGGCACUACAAGGUUCCUUUGCAGGAACAUUACCAAGUAGACAACGAAGAAGAGACCUGGGGCAUGUGUCUAAGUUGCCGUGGGGUGAUCCAAGUGAGCCUCAAUUAUUGUACGCGCCGGAGAGCGCUAUUGGUUACUGUGCACCGCGCCGCAAAUCUCCUCCCUAUAGGCAAAGACGAGCUCUCCGACCCGUUUGUCAAACUGGCCCUUGUCGAGAAUGCGAUCGAUAAACUCCGGCAGCAAUUGUCAAAUUCCUCGCGUACCGCUACUAAGAGGACAACCGUAAAAAGGAAGAUCGAACGUAGCUCACAGUGCUCGAGCAUCAAACGAAAAACUAUGAACCCAGAAUGGAAUGAAGAGUUUUCCUUCGUGGUCACUUUAACGGAGCUGACAAAGUUAACGCUAUGUCUCUCAGUUUGGGACAAGGUCUUUCUCAAGAGGAACAAUUAUAUAGGCGGUUUGAUGCUAGGUUGCGGCAGCAAGGGUGCACGUUUGCGGCACUGGAACGAUACUAUAAAUUCUCCGGACCAUCGUCACCUGGCAUGGCACAAUUUGGCGAAGGUCAAUGUGCCGAUGGAAUAAUAACACGGUCACACACGAGGAACGAAACCAAAUGAAAUGCCCAGGACACGCGCAUUUUAUCGAGCGUCAUCGCAAUGUAACGUGACAACAUGCUAAUACACGCUGAUGGGAGCUUGCUCGGAUGGAUAAUUGUAGAUCGUUCUCAGGGACAAAGGACACUUUGAUGGCGAUUUGGUAUCACUUACGUUGUAAAAAUGUUUGAUACUUGCAUUCCAGAAACAUUACCUAUCGGUAUCUUAGACCAGGAAACUUACUCCUGGAGCCAAAGAUACAUUAGACUCAUGGUUUUAGCUUUCCUAAGCGUUUGGAUCGCGGACGGAUGAUGUAAACUUUUUACGGUAGAAUAUGUGCCAAAAUAUGCGAUGUUAAAAGCGAUUUUCAAAAAGGCUCAAAGUGCCGAUUAUUGGUCUCUCAGAGCUCUUGUGUUUGAACUGCUUACACCUCUUUUUAUCUUUGCCUAUAAAAAUAUCAAUAAUAUUAUCUUAAAAAGAAUCAACAUUAUAGAUCUUCAUAGAUCUAUCUUAGCCUGCCAAAUUUCAUUGUUAUGUUCUCAACAGUACGGCAUAUUAAACAUGCCUUACUAAAAAUCAAUAAAACUACUUGAAGUUAAAAAAUAAAUGUAUUAAAACAAGUGUAAAGACAAUGCAUAUAAUGUAAAAUAAAAGUUUCUAUGUUAUAUUAAUAUAUAAUUUAUAUAUAAAAAUUA